AGUCCGGGGGGGAGGUGGGAAACAUGGCACCCUCCGAAUGCUUUCGCUGUGCGCCGGAUCCCGUCAGCCCCCGCGGCCAACGAGCGAUUCCCGGGGGAUGAUGGGAGUUGUAGUGCAACAUCUGGGAGGCCCAGCAGGGUUUGCGUUGCUGCACAGAGCUUUGGGGGGUGCCCACUUCAGCACAGAAGGAAAUCCUGAGAUCCCUCCCAAGCAACCCCUCAAGAAAGCAAAGUUGCCUGUGGGUCGUUUCGAUGAGGCAGAAGAGUCCAGUGCAGAGAGGGAGCCACUAGAAAAAUUUCCAGAUGGCAUCAAUCCUGUUACAAAGGAGAGAGGUGGACCCAAAGGCCCUGAACCAACUCGCUAUGGAGACUGGGAACGCAAAGGACGCUGUAUAGAUUUUUAAAGGGCUCCCAAUACUGUUAAAAUGACAUAU